AUGCACGAGGCGCCCAAAACGCUGUCACCAGCAGGUCAGGGCAGACAGUAUGAUGGCAGUAGGCCACCGAAGCGUGACCAGUGCUAUCCAAUUUUACGUUCCAAUCCAGUUUUGCAACGCAUACCGUUCCAUGCUCGUAUUCCCUUUCGUAAGAGCAUACAGGUUCCAGUAGAGGAAAGCUUCGAUGUCGAUCAGGAAGCCAGGGCGUUUAAACGCGCCAAAAAGACAGGACAGUACGUAUCCGGUAAAGUCAUUGUGACUCAUGGUGUUUACAAUAAGCGCGGCGUCGCGCGGAAGGUCUUUCCGCUCCCCCGGGGUGUGUCGUAUAACGAGCUGAAGCGACCACGACCGUUCAAACUGCCAUACUUUAUUUACAGGGAGCUCUUCGAUAUUGAAGGGCUUCCCAGGCCCGCAGAAGAAGAGAUCUCGGACUCUGAUUCGGAACAGCCAGCCGCUGAACCGCCUAAAGUUCAGCCCUGGAAGGUCAUGCGUCGUAACGCCUACGUCAAGUUGAACCCUCCCCCAAAGGCACGCGACAUGGCUAUGUGCGUUUGUGAGCCGGGGUUUUGCGACGAGGACUGCCUGAAUCGUGCUUCUUUCAUCGAGUGUGAUCCCACUUGCUGCCCUUCGGGCCUGCGGGACUGCAGCAAUCGGGCCAUCCAGGAGCUUACGGCCAAGCUGGCCGUACAUCCAGAAUCCAUCGGAAUCAAAAUUGUAUCUGCAGGCUCAAAGGGCCAUGGUCUGUUUGCAACACGAGAUUUCGCUCCACACGAGCUAAUUCUUGAGUACACCGGCGACGUGAUCGACAGCUCCGAAAUGGAGCGGCGGCUUGUAAACGAUUACCGUGGAUCCGACAGGUUUUACUGCUUGAGUUUAGGACAAGGACUCGCAAUUGAUAGCGGAAGACGUGGCUCUGAAGCCCGGUUUGUUAAUCAUUCUUGCAAUCCCAACUCGGAAAUGCAAAAAUGGUUCGUGAAAGGUGUUCCUCGCGUAGGGUUAUUUGCCGGCGAAAGAGGUGUUUCUGCUGGAACAGAGUUUACUUAUGACUACAAUUUCGAUGUGUUUACAGGUGCAAUGGCUCAAAAAUGUUACUGCGGUGAGCUCACUUGCCGAGGUAUCAUUGGCAAGCGUCCGCCUAAAUCCAACAGUAGUGGGCAACUAAUUAAUGAAGCGACUACUGCGUUUAUACCUGUGGAAACAAAUGGUGAAAAUCCACCUGUGAGGGUGAGAAUUGUCCUGAACAAAUCCAAGCCUGUUACACCAGGUGCCGUGGUUCCUCUGAAGCGCUCUCUUCGCAGACAGCAAGCGGUAAUGGAAACAGAAGCAGAAGCAGAAGCGGAAGCAGAAGCAGUCUCAAAUCGGAGAGGUCACACUCUAAGCAGUCUGUUGAACCCUCCUGUGUCGCCGAUUGUUCGGGAAUUGAGAAGGCUCUCUAAACCUCGAUAUCGUGAGUCAGUGAGUAGCGACGACGACGAAACUGAAACGGGCAACUUGCCCAACAGAUCCUUUACUGAGAGUCCUCCGGCCGUUUCGGAUGCCCUUCCAAAUGGCGAACAAGAAGAUACCAGCAUGAAGGAUGUGACCGUGAGUAUCACCUCCGAGCCAUCAGCAAUUGCUGAAGCCCUAGUGGACCCUAAGACACCAGCAAAGGACCAAGAAAAAGCAAUUAGUCCUGAUGCUGUUGGCCCCAGCACAGAGGUACCUCUUUUGGUGCCCAGUCCCAUGGGCAUGGUCUGGCAGAUGUUCCGUGUCACACCAAUCAAUAAACCUGUGGACUCCAGCCGAACGAAUAUGCUCCAAGGAAUCUCUCUUUCUUCUCCGGCACUCAACUCGCCGGCUGUUAUGGGCAUUUCCGCAAAUAUUUCUGGAGUCACAGCUACUCCGACUCCUUCUACUUCAAAGGUCACAGCGUCUAAUUUCUCGCCAGCGCCCAGUAGCAGUUCCAACCCAUCUUCAAGAUCUCCCACAGAAGAGGGUACUACCGAUACGCCAAAAGCGAGAUCCACUCGGUCCAAAGGAGCCCAAGCCAGCUCACGUCGAACAUCACGCAGUCGGCAAAAUAAGAGCUCGACCAGACGCCUUUCCAGGCCAAUAUCCCCUGCCAUUAGCGCUAGCCGGCCUAGCUUAAUGAAUGGGAACAUCACUAGUUUCUCAAUUGGAAGCCAUCAGCCUGGAGCUGAUCGAUCAACCUGGAAUGCCGAACCCGGCAUGGCUCACCGGCCCGAGUAUGUUUCGAACAUUGUGGCCACUUCGACGCCUCCCCCGGACAGAAGCCAAACUAUGCCCUCAUAUCCUCAAGUUCCACCGAUGCCUGUAUACAUGCGGCAAUCCCCAUAUCCUGUGUAUUCUCCAGUCCAUCCUGUCGGUCCCCCGGACGUCUCACAUGGCAUGAAUUUGCCCAAGGCGCCUAAUCCAAUGGUUAUGGGAUCGCCACCCCUACAGUACUACCCUACCAUCCAUGUACCUAAUGAUGGGAUGGGGCCACUUCAGACGCCACCUGUGGUUAUGCCCCGCCAUGGUCCACAAUGA